AUGUACAAAUGGUUGCAAUGGAUACGAGCAUGUGGAAGGCUGGAUUUACAACCCAAAGGUCCAGAAUAUGCUUAUCAAAAUUGCCGUUUGUGCCAUUUACAUUUUGAAAAAAAAUGGUACAAUAUUAACAAAAUUAAUGCUCGUCUUCAUCCAGAUGCUGUACCUACUUUAUUUGGACUACAUUUAGAACAAGAUCUUUUCAGAAAUAUAACAACUAAUAAAACACAAAAGGAAGAUGUAUUCGCAGAAAAAACGAAUAGAAAUACAGAGGCAACUGAUGUUGAAGUGGUUGAAAUACAGGAAGAAACUAGCAAUGCCAACACUUCAGAAAUAAUCUCUUCAGAAAUUCUGCCAAUCACUACUGUUAUCCAUGAUAUAAAGACUGGAAAAGUUAAACCAAGUACAUCCGGGAGUCAAUAUAUCAAGACAUCAUCGGAUGAUAGCCCAAGAAAGAGGAAAUUACGUUUGAAGAUCAAGAGAUUACAGGCACAAAAUAGAACGCUACAGUGAGACAGUUCGACGACUUCGUUUGGAAAAAAAGAACACCAAGAAGGUAAAAACUAAAGAAGUCAA